AUGAGUUUCUUUAACACAAAUGUACCGAGUGGUUCCUGGGGAAAUAUGCUGAAACAAGCGAUGAAUACUGUUGAAAGUAAAUUUGAUAAAGCUCUCGACAUAGGAGAAAGUAGCAUAUACCAAGGAGAAGUAUAUGUAGAUCCCGUUACUGGUUUUGUGACGACGCUUGAUCCACCAAUUUUAAAUUCACAGAGCGUAACGAAUUCGACGCAAAACCAAGGAUCGCAAAAAUCAGUGUCGACAUUUGGUAACUUACAAGAUUCAGAAUCGAAAGAAUUAAGGACAAUGCUUGAUAAUAUAAUAGAACAAUCAAAAUCUUCGAAAAAUGAAUUAGAAACUGAGAGUUUAACAUCUGUUCACACUAACAGUGUUAUUUCAAACAGUUCGGAUGCACAAUCUCGAGAGUUAGAUGGUAUCGACAGUUCUAGAACAUCUCAUGAUUCAAGAGCAUCAGCAGUUGAGUCUCAAUUGACAACUGAUAAUUUUCAGCAUAUAAUUGAGCAACGAGAGCAUUAUAAUUUCUCUUUCGUUCAGAUUCGUGAAUUAAGAGCCACUUUAGUACGGGUUGAAGAACAGGCUGGUCUUCGUGAAGAUAAUUUACGGAAUGAAAUUCUGGUAUUACAACAACGAUUACAAAUAGCAGAAAACUAUGCACGAGACUCGACGUCAGAAGAAUGGGAAAUAGAUCGAAUUCAAUUACUUAAGCAGAUAGAAGAUGUAAAGACACAAUACGCAUUAUCGGUUAAAAAUUGGGAAAAAAUUGAGCAUAAUCUUACAAUACGGUUGACUGAAAUGGAAGCUGAACGUGACCGAUAUCUUGAAGAAUGUAAAAAAUUGAAUUCUCAAUUAAGAGAAUUGAAGUCACAUUCUGAGCAAAAAGAACUUGAACUUAUCGCAGCUCAACAAAAAAAUUCACAAUUAAGUGAGGAAAUAGAAUCACUUAAUGCUAAAAUUCCAAUCUUACAAAGUGAGAUUGAAACCCUUACGUCAAAUCUUGAAUCAUCCGAAGAAUGUCAUCAAAAAAAUCUAAAGGAAGUAGAAGAACAAUAUCGUUGCAUACUACGACAAACACUUGAAGAAAAACAAGAUGAAUGGGAAGAGAGACUACGAUCAGAGCAAGAAGUCAAAUCAAAGGAACGUGAACAGGAAAGGCUAUCAGUGAAAGUGGAUUCUUUUAGAGGUAGCCCUAUAAGAUCAGCAAGUGAAACGCAGCUGAGUUCGUUACGUUCCGUAAGUGAAAUACAUUUGGAGAAACAUGCCGAGGGAGGAGUACCAUCACCAAUGUUAAAAAGUCCAACUUCGAGUCUCAGAUCUAGUAGGUCUAGCAUUGAUGGUGGAUCUAGCAUAAUAAGUAAUGUUAUAAUGACCGAGAGAUUGAAUUCCUCUAUAAGGUACUUGAAAGGACAAGUUAGUACGUUACAGGCUCAACUUUACCAUACAACAAAGAAUAGAGACGAAUUAGCAGAUGAACUAGUAAAACUAACCACGCAGGUUGAAGAUCUUUCUUUGAAAUCUGGAAAAGCAACUGAGUUGGAAAACCAAUUUUAUGAAUUAAAUGAAAGAUAUAACACUGCACUAGAAUUAUUGGGCGAAAAGACGGAACAGGUGGAUGAAUUACAAGCAGACAUUGAAGAUAUGAGAGAUGCAUAUCGUAGUCAGAUAACAGACCUAACUGCUCAACUAGAGAAAUAUAAAAAUUCAUAA